AAUACACGAAUAUAUUUUGAUAAAAUGAUACAGACUCAAAUAAAAGUAGAUCGAUUUGAGAAUUAAAUCUCCUAGAUAUUGUAUAUGAAAAUUUGCACAGAACCUAUAGGACUCGACAAAUAGAAGAAGCAGAUUCGUUGCUAACGAAGUAAAGGAUCUUACUUUUUUAGUCUUUGCUUUAGAAAUAACUUAUAACUACAAGUCAGAGAGGGGCCGAGUAAAUCGGAAAGAUGACGGCGCCGAUGAUCCUGACCGGAAGUGGAUCGGCGGCGGAGAGAGACGCUCGGAUGGCGCACACUGCUAUGGCGUUUGUUCAGCUCUUUAAUGGUGGAUACCAUGUGAUUACUAAAGUAGCUCUUAAUGUUGGAGUCAACCAGCUUGUCUUCUGUGUAUGCCGUGAUCUUCUUGCUCUCUCUAUUCUCGCUCCUCUUGCUUACUUCCGCGAAAGGUCUCUUCUUUUUCAACUUGUUUUUGUUUCCUCUGUUUUUAGUUCUGAAUUCUCGAGAUGGGUUUCAAUGGUUUCCUGGUUUUAUGAUCAAUUUGUGGGUUUAUAUAUGAAGUGAGAACUAUACACAGUCCCCUUGUAAUUGCCUGAUCCAUUAGUAUGGAUUUUCGUAUUUUGCUUUUGGGUUUUUCUCUGAUGAAUCUGUAGAAGUUCUCCUGAGGAUUUAAAGUCAAUGUGAUCUGCAUUAUAGAAGAACUAGAUUUCAGAGUUGGAGCAAUGUGCCUAGACUUAAGUUGAGAUCUGUGUUCCGUUUACUUCCACUGUUAGUAGAUUUAGAUACAAUGUCUUUGAUAAUGUUCUCUGAGUUCCAUGUCUCUUCUUCGGGUUUUGGGAUAAAUAGGAUCUGGUUUCUCGAGCUAGGGUUGUCUAGUUCUAUCAGUAAAUGAAAGAAUGGUUUAGGAGGUUGUAAUGCGUCAAGUUUAAGCGAGACCACUCUCAAACUUUGAAUGUUCAAGUUUUCAAAAUCUAAUCAGUGAACAGUGUUCGUCUUUCAUGUAUGUAGAAAGAUCAGAACUCCAAUGAAUAAAAGCCUUCUCUUGUCAUUCUUCUUUCUGGGCUUAGCAGGGGUAUUUGGGAACCAGUUGUUAUUUCUUAUCGGUCUUACAUACACAAAUCCCACUUAUGCUGCUGCCAUUCAACCAUCCAUCCCGGUCUUCACCUUUCUCUUGGCUGUCAUGAUGGGUACAGAAAGAGUGAAUUUGUUGAGAAUCGAAGGUCAAACUAAGGUUGGAGGCACACUUGUGUGUGUUAUGGGUGCUGUCUUCAUGGUUGUAUUUCGAGGUCCGGCCUUGUUAGGAGAUAAAGAUGCAGACUUUGCGAUGAACAAUGAAAUCAGUGCUAAAGGUCAACCUGAGCCUACUGGUUGGUUAGUCUCUGGUUUUCUCGAUCUUGGAUUUGAGCAAUGGCACAUUGGAGUUUUAUGCUUGAUUGGAAACUGCAUGUGUAUGGCUACUUUUCUUGCCAUUCAGGCGCCACUUUUGAAGAAGUAUCCGGCAAAUCUUUCUGUUGCUGCAUUAUCAUACUUCUUUGGCACAGUACUAAUGUGCACAACAGCUUUCUUUAUGGUAAAGGAGCCAUUGGAUUGGAAGCUAACACAAUCUGAGGUUCUUGCAGUUAUAUAUGCAGGAGUUAUCGCAUCAGCACUAAACUAUGGACUCUUGACUUGGUCCAAUAAGAUUAUUGGUCCUGCCUUGGUUGCUCUCUACAAUCCUCUUCAACCCGCUGCAUCAGCUUUCCUAUCGAGAAUCUUUCUCGGUAGCCCCAUUUAUCUCGGAAGCGUUGUGGGUGGAUUCUUCAUCAUUCUAGGACUCUAUAUGGUCACUUGGGCAUCGUUUAGAGAGCGAAAAACAGCGGUUUCCGGGAUUGGGAUUGCGCCCCAUGGUCUAAAAACCUCAGAGCCUCUGAUAUUUAAUGGGACAGUUAACAGACUAGGACAGUUGUUUUCUGGAUUACCCAGUUCCUCUGUGAAAUCUGCAGACUAAAAAGAUACCAAAAAGUUAAGAUUCAGACGAGAUCCCAUUUUACAACAGCUAUAACUUUUUGUUAACUUUCAUCUCUUAUUAAUAUCUUCUUCGAUUACUACUAAUCACAGAUUCACAAGUACUUGCUCCCUUGUUAAUUACUCUUUAAUCUUGAAGCUCAUCU